GCAAGAAACGGUCCACAGAUCCCCACGAACAUGCGCUUCUCUGCACGGCCGGCUUGCCGCCUGCCAGAUGCUUGUGACGCGAGCAAGACGUGCGAAGCGGGCCUAUCCUCGUAGGAUCUUGCAAUGGGGACGUUGCAGCAUAGAAGCGCAUUGUGUGGCUGCAUGAGAAUCUCUGACGAGCGUCGGAUCGAUGCGAUGUCGAAUUUCGCAGCGUUUGCAGAAGACACACCACGGACUUGGGGCCGCGCAGACGCGCGUCAGAUCCACCCAGCCACGACCUGGCUCCAAGCUGCAAGACGUCGGACGCGGAGCGCGGAAGACGCGCUCCGAGACACCUUUGCACAUGCGCUCGUCUUGGCAGACCUGGGUGGCGCGUCAGCUAGGUGUGCCAGCACGGCUGGCACGAGCGAGAUGCCUGCGACCGGAACCGCGUCCAAGUCCGCAAACCUGUCUCGCUGCUGCUUUCGCAAACAAACUGGGCAUGCCGAAAGAGCAAAAGCAGGUUUCCGCUGCCGGCAAGCGCGGACAGCGAAAUGGGUGCCGGAUUACGGCACCUCGCUGGGUAUGCAACUUGGCAUCGAAGACUGCGGCGGCUCGCAGGUGAUUCUUGAUCUGCUAUUUACACGUACAUCCAACUCGACUUGCUCACAUCCGCGGAUCACUCUCGCAUGCGCCUGGCAGCUGAGACUGAAUUGCCCUUUUGCAAGCCACUUCAAUCCUUGGCCGCUGCGCUGCUGCAGCUUCUCGGAUGCGUAGGACCAUCUUUCGAACUGGUUGCCUCUUUGGAGGUCUCGCGCGAGGCAUUCGCAAAAUGAAAACGCUAUCUGUGUCGCAAGA